AUGUGUUUGGAGAAAGGGCUGCCUGGUCACCUCGGACACGGGACCCUUCACUGUGCAAUUGCUCUCCCCUCCCCCGCAGUUUCGGGCUCUAGCUCCCCUCCCCCACCCCACAUCCUGCUCCCCUCGCUUUACUCCGCGACGCCUUCAAACAAGGCUCUGGGGUCCUCACGAAGAGAGGCAGUGCUGGGACUUGCAGUCGGGACCGUGCGCCCAAGGUCCGAGGAUGUCCUCUGCGACCUGCGGCGGGCGCUGCGGGUUCAGGCCCAAACGAGUCCCAGGAGUUUCUCAGCGCCUGGAAGUAGACUUGGUCUCUCUAACCCCUGGCGUCAGUCUUUACCCUUCCUCUUCCUGGAGACCCGGGAGGCGGCGACGUGGAAAGAGAGGCGGGAAAGCCCGCACAGAGCCGCCCAAGUCAAGGGCGGUGGGGCUCAGGGGACUCUAAAAGCGAGAACUGCGGGUCGGAAGCCCGGGGACAAUCCUUUCCCCUCCACGUUCAGCCGGGGACACCUCCUCCCCGGGGAAGCCAUCCAGCUGCUCCCAACCUGGAGAACAAAGGGUCUGGGAAGCAGGGCCGGGGUCGGAGAGCGGAGGUGGAGGGACGCAGGAAGGCAGGCGGUGGGGGCAGGGGAGGGCGCCUGCUUGCACUUCCUCUCCGGGCCGAAUUACGGAAAGCUCCACGCAGCUAGCGCCUCGUUGAGGCUGUUUUUCAAUCCUGGAGGGCUCGGGUUCCUUACCUAGCGGCCGCACCCGCGCCCUUCCUUCCCUAGGGUCCCCACCCCCUCCGGGGACGAAGGCCUGGAAGCUGCAGAGCCUGCUGUGCCCUGGCGCGGGAGGAACCGCGGGGCACCAGCGCCCCCUGCAGGUGCCAGGGAUCUCCGCAGCCGGGCGCGCCGGGACUCUUAAGGUGGAACCUGCCUGAUUUCUCUAUCACGCUAGUGAAUGUGGGUGGAGGGUGGGUAGUUCCCGCCUCACCCUCAUGCGCAAGGGUCCCCCGAGCGAAACGGGCCCGACGGACCAGAACCCCGGAGUCUGUCCCUCACUGAUGCUAUUUUCUGGACCCUUGGCCCCGCCAUCUGCAGAACCUCUUCUUUGGAUGUUCCACUGUGGAUCGACAAGUCACAUUGAUAUUUCCCAGCAGUGUAAGAGGAUGCCUAAAUCUCGCUUCAAGGGGUUUCUAUAACUGGAAAGCAAACUUUUACUUUUCUUUAUUAUACGUAAAUGACUGUGAGCAUGGGAUGAGAUUGGCCAAUCUCAGAAUCUUCUCACUUCAGCAAACUCGUGGACAGGUGCACGUACUAGAGGACUGGACCACUCGUCCAGCCUGUGUGGGAUCCACGUCUUGCAUCUUCAGCGACCUCUGCUCGGUGUUAUCUUAUACUUUUUUUUUUCUUUCUUUCUUGAACCGACUGAUAAACAUAUGAGAACUGGAAGUGUCCUCCACGAACUUCAGCUUCUUGGAGGAAACCCUAUGAAUGAGCAAGUAGAGUUCCGCGAGGUCUCAGUCUGUUCCUUCUCGGUUGGCGCCUGGGAGCAUGGGGCUGCAGACUGUCCCUGGACUAUGGCACACCCAUGACUCCGGAGCGGCGGAGGAGAGCCGGGACUGGAGCGCACAGGGCUUGAAGGCCGGCUGCUGGCUUUGAGUGUGUGGAUAAUUCACACCGUGGGAACUCCCCUCCCCCUGGGCAAUGGGCCUGGGAUCCUCCCCGCGGGUGGAAGGCCGAUGGUCCCUGGGGUGGGUGUUGGCGCCAGAGAAGCGGAGUCCACGCGCUAGGCAGCUGUGGGCAAAGCUCGCCUGGGCAGGUGCCUCCGGGUCAGACCCGCCCUGGGGGUUGCAAACCGCAAGCGAAAGUCGAGAAGGGCAGGAGCUUGCCCACUAAUCCGUUUUACACUGUGAAAACCGCAGGCUUGUCGCCUAAGAGGCCACUUUUUAAUUUGGAAGCACAUGGGGCGGGGGGGGGGGAACCAAGUUAACUUGCGAGCACACUUCCUUUUCUUUUUUCCUUGUCGUGCCCCUCCUCCCUCAACUUUUCAACGAAAAAGCUGUCCUACUGGUAAAGAGGGAAAUUGAUCUGCGCUUUGGAUUGCAGGGGAGACUUGGGCAAGCAGGGAGCCCGGCGGGGAUUCAGGCACAUGCUGUAUCCCUGCCUGCCAAGUUCUUCCCUGGCUUCUCACCCGCGUGCCUCCUCUUUACUACGAGUCACCGGAGGCCACGUGCUUCAGGCAAGCCCCAUCCACUGUUUUUACGUUGUGACUGGAGGGCAGUGUGCAUCAUUCCAGUGUCGGCAUUCCUUGAGAGAACGCCUGCUCGGUCGGUGGAUCUACCGAAAGGGUAGGGGGAUUGGGUUGCCUCGACCAAGCAUCUACACACAAGCGAACCAGAAGAAACAUUCAAAGCUUUCCAUGGGGAAAACCACCAAAGCCUCUAACAAAACUUAGUUUACUGCGUGCCGACCUGAGAUGUUCAGGCUCCUGUAAGAACAGCCAGAGGAAGGAAGAGAGCAGGAAGGGGUCGGAUGGGGAACGCUGAGGGUCAAGUGGGCAAGUUCCAGAAUAGUGGUUCCCUUAUACCAUUGUUUCUUGUGUAAGGGUCCUAUUUAGGAACUCUCUCCCACCACCCAAAUAUGUGCUAGUGGCGACAGAAAGGGAAGGCAGACAAAAGAAAGCCUGGAGAAUGACCUUUAUUUAAAAAGUAAAAUUAAGAUAAAUUACUCGUUGAAAUUGUUUUAGGGGGUGGGAGUAGGAGGCAGGACUGAUGGAGGCAGCUUUUUACUUCUUUUUGUUCUUUGAAACCUAGAACACUUUAAAACUCCAAGAUGUUGGAGGAGCAGAAAGAUUUGUAAAAUGUUUGUACAAUUGAGAGGUACUGCUCAUUAAUUCAUUUUUAAAGGUUGCUGGGUUGAAUAAAGUCUUUCUCAGUCCCGGUGAGAAGCUCAACUAAUUUUGAUGUAGAGCAAAAUUGGAGUCAAAACUUCAUCAAUAGACAAUGUGUAUAGAACUUUAUAGUCCUGGGGUCUAUUUCUGGGACAAGAAAUAAAAAAAAUAAAUAAACGAGAUAACUUCUGCGUUUGUGACCCCGCCUUCACUCCCACGCGUUUGCUUUCUCACAAGUGAGCCCUGAGCCUGCACAGACCAGUACAAACGCAUAUGCUAAUCUGAUUUGUCUUCUAGGCCUGUGUUUGGAUUUUCACUCAAGUUGGAGACCUACUUUGUUUUUGCCUGUAUGCACUUUAUUAAAGA